GCUAGUGGACAGAGCAGGGGAGCGUGAACUAGCUUUCAUCAAGCCCGACAUGAAUCACCAUUUACCUCCAGGGCAAGAUACUUUGAUACCGUCCCGCCACCAUGACCCGCUGGUCUGGUGCCACGCCCCGAGACGACACACUAUGCAUAAAGGUGUGCAGAGAUGCUUCCCCCGGCCCUUCAUGGAUAACCUGCGUCCACUACAGUUCCGCGCACCGGAUGAGCCAAGCAGCCUGGUUGGUGGCUUAAGAAUCGGCCCUCGUGACGUAGCGCCACCCUAUUGGCCGCCGCUACCUCUCGCUCCUCCCUCCAUGCAUCCUCCACCAAUCGGCGCGCUCCCUACCGCAAUGGCUCACGACGAAGAAAGCGAUUGCUUCAUGCUAGGAGAAAAGCUGUCGAAGAAACCGAAACGGAUCAGAACAAGAGUAGACGCCGGAGAGCCAAGGAACUCUUACUCGGCCUUCAGUAGUUUACCCAACUUGUGUGGUGUUAGUGUUAAUGCAGUCAGGCCGGGAAGUGCUCCUAACCUCUUCAGUGCAAGUCAACCCUUUUGUGGACUACCAUUUGUGAACUAUUUCAACCCCCCACCCACGGUGGGUUCGCGCGGUAUGCUAAGUGAGUUGUUCGGCGCCCACACCAAGCCUGUGGCGCCCUGCCCGCCUGAAGACACAGUGUCAACCAUGGGUGUAUUGGACAAAGUGACAAGCUCUAGCGUGCAUAGUGCUGAUGCAGUGAACUCGGUGAUUCGGGGACCAGAGCCAGAUAACGUGCUCUUACGUGAAAUCCUUCAGGGACGUAAACGGGACCUUCUUACUAUGGAGGAGAUUGAGGCUGCCCGCUCCUUACACAACAAUAACAAUAGUUACAAGGGGGCGACGGACUCUGUGGAGGCCAACAAUGAGGAGCCUAACGCGGGCAGAGACGAGAACAGUGUGUCUGCGGAAGACGCGCGGUGUGAGUCUGAGGUGGAGGAGACCAUGAGUCAGAACAGUCCGCGCACUGACUCCCCAGAACCUAGGAAACGUCUGGAGAAUAUAGUGAGUGUGAUCCGUUCCUCGCCCACCCCCAACACAACCGUCAAUGGGUGCAAGAAGCGGAAAUUGUACUUGCCACAACAACACGAGACACGACCCAACUAUGACUCACAAAACGAGGAAGGCGAGGCUGCGACUGAGCCUGAUAAUAAGACGAGACGACUUGAAGACGAUGAGCAGGUGGAGUCUCGGGUGGCGGAGUCUGGUGAGGAGGGGGGUUUACAGAUUGACCUGAGUGUGAGGCGACGGUCCCCGGAGCCACAACGACCCCCCUCACCCAAACCUCCCACCUCCACCUCCUCAAACGACUCCAACGACGCCUCUUCCUACCUCCUGGAUUAUGCCCAGCGUUUAAUCCGUAACCAAGAGGCGCGAUUACAGAGGGAAAACGACAUGAAGAACACCGACUUGAAUGAGAAACUGCAGCUCUUGCGAAACUUAAGUUUAGGGUCUCAGGUGACGGACUUGGAGGGCCUGGCCGACGUGCUCAAGACGGAGAUCACCGCCUCCCUAGCCGUCAUCAUCGACACCAUAGUCAACAAGUAUGUACAGCAAAGAAAACUGCUCACCAAACAGGCGGAGGUGGCCGCUGAGCAGCUCAAUCGGGACAUUGCCUCGCAGCUCAUGGAACGGUCCCGCUCCCCACGUUCUCACAAGAUGCUGGAUCGAGGGCCUCCCAACAUGCCCAGACUCAACGGCAUGCCCGCCCCCCACGGACCUCUCAACCUCUCACCCUACCCAGGCUCUGAAAACAACCUCAACAACCUCAAUCUACCACACCUACGACCACCUCUCUACAAACCCCCACAUGGGUUCUUCCACGGCAACUUGCCUCCCAUGGGCGGGAUGAUCCCUAGCGGGCAGACCUCCCCCUUCGGCGGGAUGGAGCCAGAGCAGGAUGAGGCCCUCCCGCUAGUGGUUACACCUAAGAAGGUGAAGCGACAUAAGGUGACGGAUUCUCGCCUAACGCCCCGCACGGUUGGCCGCCUCUUGGAGGACUACCCCCGUUACGGACCCCUGCCAGGGAUGGGUGGGCAGACGUCCCCUCGCAGCUCCCCUCCCCCACCGCCACCCAGCCACCACCCGCACCAUCGGCCCACCUCCUUCCCCCAACCCCCACCCUUGUUGCCAGUAUCACUGCCCACCUCCGUGGCCAUCCCCAACCCAUCUUUGCACGACACCAGUCUACUCUAUCCCAGCUACUAUGGGCACCGGGCGUCUUCUCCCAUGGACGGCCGGCGGGAGGAGUCUCCUGCAGGUCCUCCGCCCCCACACCCUCACCCGCUGCUGCAUCCGGCGCUCCUGGCAGCCUCCUCACCGGACUCCUUCUCACGCUUCCUGCACGGCGACCACGACCGCGCCUCAGAUUGUUCGCCAGCAGACCCACACUACGACGGAGUCCAGCCUACUAUAUCCUUUUAUUCACCUGAACAUCGUGCGGCAGUCGAGAGGAACAUGCGCGCGAGCGGACCGUUCAACAUCUUCCCUAAUGAAAGGUCAACCGGCUUGAUCAGCCACCCCUGCGACACCUCGCACUCCAGCACACUGACGCCGAUGCACCUGCGUAAGGCGAAGCUCAUGUUCUUCUUCGUACGGUACCCCUCGUCCUCAGUGCUCAAGACGUACUUCCCGGACAUCAAAUUUAACAAGAACAACACUGCCCAACUCGUUAAAUGGUUCUCAAAUUUCCGGGAGUUCUACUAUAUCCAAAUGGAGAAGUACGCGCGACAGUACCUGAGUGAGGGGGUGAAGAACGGAGAUGACAUUGCGGUCAACAUGGACGCGGAAAUCAUCCGUGCCCUUAACCUACACUACAACCGCAACAACCACUUAGAGCAGAUCCCUGAGCACUUCAGAUAUGUGGUGGAGCAAACGAUGAAGGAAUUCUUCAAGGCAAUUCAGGAACAAAAGGAUACGGAACAGUCUUGGAAGAAAGCCAUUUACAAGGUGAUCGCGCGUCUCGACGAGACGGUACCCGAAUAUUUCAAGUCUCCGACGUUUCUGGAGCAGCUUGAGUAGCGGUGUUCUCCCGCCCCAGCCGGAGGACACCCGGCUCUGGCGGUACCACAACCUGCGGCUCGCGCCCAACCACCCUCUGCAGCACCCUCAACUGCAGCAUCUUCAAAUGCUGCAACCUCAGCUGUCACUUCGGCUGCAGCAACCUCAACUGCAGCUACCUCAGCUGCAGCAUCAACAGCUGCAGCAACCUCAGCUGUCACCUCAGCUGCAACACCUAGGAGAUAGAGAUUCUGUAUAUACCAGUGACUGAGCGGCCUAAGGCUGGACUAUUAAAGGAAGACAUGUUCAAAAGAAGGCUAAGAUGGAGGACUGUUAUAUGGGCAUUCUUUUAUUAUUAUCAUGAUACAAAUAUUGAAGGUGCAUGUCUCAAAUUUUGUCCAAAUGUUGUAGCCUUGAUUUAUUGUGAAUAUCUAUGAGACAAAGCAUUUGUGCCUUUCCAUGCCUUCCAGUAACAAUGAUGAGAUCUUUCUGACAGCCCAAUGUACCCAAUUUGUAUAUAGUUUACUUUUGUUUCCCUUGUUUGUUUGGUUCCUCGAGCGAGAGGAUGACUUGUGAACUCGCGGCCAUGUGAGCCCACCUGGGCGAUGCUGCCAUAGCCCCGACACCCGCCUCAGGCCCCCGAAGUUCCGGGGCGCCUCCAAGCCGGGGUUGGGGCCAACCCUCACCCUCGCCACCGGGGGCGCCCCUUUGCCCCACCCCUACCUGCACCACACUUCUCAAGUCAUGCGCUGCGUCGCAUGCAAGAGUCUCCUAGUCACAUGCUAGCUACCCAGGUCCUAGUUUUAUUUUAUCUGUUUAUUUUGAUUUUUUGCACUGAUUCUCAAUUAAGGCUCCUAGUUCUAAGUCAUGCAUGUAGGAUAGUUGUUGAUGGUGGUUCCCAGUUACCAAGUUAUAAUAGCCAACCACACAGUCAAGCCCAUACACUCCAUAGUCUGGCCCCGGGGGCACACACACUGGCCGGGGCCCACAGCGGGCUGCGGGUAACGGCGCCCCUGUUGUAGGCGCUACUACGCCCACAGCACAAGAGGACGUCGAUGGUCCGCCCGCGCCCGCCCCCCUCCUCUCACCACAAGAAGGCAAUACCCCAAGUCACAGACACUUGCUCACAACCACCCGUGUUAGGCGAGUUACCUGCGAGCAUAAGACAAACCAAAGUGGCCUUGCUUUGUGGUGGUCGUAAACUAAGAUUGACUGCAAGAAGACAUCGUAUGUGAGAUCUAGUCACAUGAAUGAAUCUCCGGUCUGUUGUGAUGCAGACCAAGGCAUAAUCAGUUACCUAUGUUGAGAAACCUGACCCAAAGUAUGAAUAUCAAAGUGAUCUCGAGACUGCUCAGAUCUGACUAACCUUUUCCUCUUCCGUAGUGCACUCUGCUCUACUAACAAACUUACUAGCCAAUAUGGUGAUGGGGUUUCUGUUUUUUAAGCUUUGUAGAUAGAAGCUGUCAAUCUGUCUCGAAGCUUUCCACUCAUGCAAGUUGUUUAUAAUUACAAAACCAAAAAGACACAUGGACAAUUAUUAUCUUGUCAAACAAAUGUAUUAGCAGAAGUCACAAGUGGAUUUUUGUUGGUGUAGUUCUCGUGGUUUAGCCCCCCCUCCCCUCCCUGGUGCAGUGUGUGCAUCACUGAGUGUCAGUGUUGGGAGGGGCCUACACCACCCUCAGUACAGUUCAGUGUUCUUUGUCAGUAAAGUUGUGUGAACAUGCAGAGCUAGUUGGCAGUGUAUUGUCUCUGGCAGUCUAUUAUGCUCAUGUCAAAUUUCUUCAUUGAUUUGUUUUUGUAUUUGCUAUUGUAUGCUAUUAAAAAUGCCAUAGACAGUACAUUCUCAAGACAUAUGGUAAUAAUGCUUUUCAAACCAAAACCUUGGUGCUAAAUGUACAACCGUGUUAAUCGUCUGGUACUUCCAUUUAGGCGUUUUUAUUACAUUCCAUAACGUAGUUUGUGUGGGUCAAAAGCUUUAGCAGCAAGUGUGGCAGCCUGGCGGUGCUUGAGGACCGCAGGCUGCCACCACAGUCAUCACUCCCUGCUGCCAGUGUAGACCCGUACCAGAAACGUUAACAAAUUAGGCACCUUAGAAAUGGGUAGUGAUGUGAUUGCUUUUGUAUGAGGAUUGUUUCCCUAUUGAUCGUGAACUUUAGUCUUUUUGAUGCUAUAUUUUCUUAAAAUCAAAUUUAAAAAAAAGUUUUUAAGGUGAUUAUAUGCAUUCCAUACUCUCUUUAUGGACUCUAAAAAAAUCUAUUUCUUUCUGACAUUCUACAUCUCUCUUUAUUAUUUUCCACUAACCCCAGCUGACCGGCGUACGGGUUAGCAGCAACCAAACCAAUGUUUUUUUCCAGUCUAGUCCAUACCUUAGAGUGUAAAAGAACAGUUAAGUGUUUGCUUCCAGAAGCUAGUUUGUAAUGAGGUCCGUGCUGACAGGGCCGGCGUCAACAGGCGUCGGCUAGUCACUGAGUCAGUGGACCGUGGUUGAAGUAUUCCAUAGUUAUUGAAUCAGAGCUAUUCCAUGUUUGAUUUGAUGUUACAUGUUCUCUCCCAGUUCAACUACAGGCUUGUUGUACCCGUUGAUGAUGCUAUUGAUGUCCAUUCCUUCGGCAUCUGUGUGUCGAGGUGACUUGAACUAUCUAGCCCUGACCCAUGCAUAGACAGUAUCAGGUCGCUCCACCAGGCUCAGGGCUGGAUUGGUUGAUAACUUUCUGGUGUUUUCUGAAGCACUGGUUCUGUGGGGACAAACUGCAACAGCAGGAACACAAGACCAAACCGAAGGCAAAAUUACAUAGUAUAAAGUUUGUGGACCCCUAUCCCCCUCACUCGGUGCUCUCCCUCCCGCUGCCAGUUCCCGUGGUGUCUCCAACUGCCAUCACCUGGCGCCAAACUCUGCUGCCAUUAAAAUAGGCCUGGUACUAACCCUGCGUCUGUUACUACAACACACAUGUCCUGGCGUCAACCCUGCAACAGCCGCUUCAAAGUACCAUGGCCUGGAACCAACCUGUGGCUACCGCUACAACACGCCAUGGCCUGGCGACAACACUGUGGUUGCUGUUCCAACACACCACAGCCUAGCAACAAUUCUAUGGCUACCGCUACAGCACACCACAGCCUGUUACCAGCCAUGGCUGCAGCUUCAACUCGCCACGGCCUGGCGCCACCUGGGUUGGGGGUGCUACACAAACUUUCCACACAAAAUUUAACGCAGUUAUCAACAGCACUAACCGGAAGGGUCGCCUUGGUAAACGUCCAGUGUUUCAAGUGCCUUGGUCUUACAUUUCGAUAGAGGGCGGCCCUGUUUUUCACUAUAUCUCCCCACGGAACCUGUUAUGCUCUCGCCAUUCCAUGUGAAGUGUUGAUUUAUGCCAAUAGAAGCUUUUUUAGUUUCUGUUGGAUUUAUAGCAAGACAAAAUGAUGGUUUAGUUUCUAAAGAUGAAAAUUUAAAAGUUUAAUUUAUUGAUUUAUUAUUUAAUAUGUGCACCUAGCAUUAUGUGUUUUGCAUAUAUAACAUAUAUUCAAUUAUUAUAGAAUGUACUAGUUUGUAGACAUAAAUACGAUUCAAACCGAA